AGUUUUUCUUGUGCUCUCACUUGCGAACCAUUAGCUCAAACUACUCGGCCAUAAAUUCUGCAAACACGACGUUGACGCUGCGACCUGCGCCCAGUUUCAGAAAACCGGCAUUGCAGAGAACACUGGUGUCACCGCUGCAAGCCGUCUCAAAAGCUGCCGCCGCCGUCAUUUUGCACGAAGCCAAAACACAACGUUACAACACCAUGCGGCCAUCGUCGAAUCCUCCUCGCUCUUCCCUGCGUGCGAAGCCAGUCGUAGCGCUGCUGCUGCUGCUGCUGGUGCUGUGCGUCCAUCACAAGGCGGGCCUCGUAGGAGCAGAGACGGUCAGCCUCCACGCGUCGCAAAUCGCCCCCUUGCAGGCCCUGGAAACCGGUUUGAACGAGACGCUCGUGUACAGCGACCAGACUUGCGAGACCACCUCCACCAUGGGCGACAUCCUCUGCGACGCCGAAGGCUACGUCACCGAAAUCAG